UUUUUCACUUUGGUUACAAAAUUUAAAUUCAUCUUGAUUAAUUGUUCCUUUUGAUUUUGGAACAAUUUAUUUUCGCUUUAAUUUGUUAAAUUGUUAAUCAAUUUAGUUGAUUGAUUUGUUUACCUUAGUUGUUUAACUGAUUGUGAACAGUGAUUGUUUAUUGGAAUACCAGAUUUUUUUCCCUGCUUCUUUAACUUGGUUUUUCUAUCGAAUUAUAUUAAGAAUCCUCAAUUUUAACUGGAAAAUCAAAACACCUAAAGGAGAAUAUAAACCAACCAUUGUUGAAAGAGAAUUUUUUUUUGGAUUUUGGAUUAUUCCAUCUGGUCAAACUCAUUUGUUCUCUUUCGACCAUUUCAUCUUCUCGCCUUUUUUUCUACUUAUUCUUUAAUUGUUUUAUUCGGUUAAAGGUUUAAUUAUGGGUUAUCUUUAAAUUCUUCAUGUUUGGCCGAGGUGAAUUAUGAUCAGGAUACCUGAAAAGAGCUGUUUGUAAUAAUAUUGUCGCUGGACCGGUAACACUUCCUGUGUAUACAAAAAGAUAUGUUGAACUGUGUUUUCGAACUACUUUUGUCAAAAUUUACUACUUCCAUUCUUAUCAUUAGAUGAUAAUGAAAAAUUGAUUGGUAAUUAAUACUCACUGAUAUCAAAAAUUGUCUUGAAUACAAGUGGACCUAAUCUCAUUAGACUAAAUAUUAAAAUCUUCCAUCGGCUAUCUACUUAAAAAGAAAGAUAAUACUCUCAAUUUUAUUUUCUACUUAGCCUUCAAAGACUUUCAGUAUAAUUCAUAUUUUAUACUAUUGCUUUGUUGGAGUUUAAUUUUUCUACUCACGCCAUUCAAGACAAAGAACACAACCAACCUGUUUAGAAUUAAACAAAGUUACACAAUAAUUCACCAUAAUCAUGGAUAAUAACACAAGUGACGGUGAUGUUGAAGAGCGAACAGAUUUAGACAGAAACGAUUCAUCAGAUGGUGAUACUGUUACCGAAGACUCUCUUCCAUCAACUUCUCAUAAAAGUCAAGUUGGACGUAAAUCUUUGUCAGGACAAAUUUGCUCCUUAAAAACUUUAAUCGAUGAUCAAAUUGUCGACCCUGGAAACAAUGUACUUACCAUGGACUAUUAUGGUACUAAAUUUGAUGCUGACUUAUUACCCAAUGGUAAUAUAAGAUGGGCUCAAUCAAAGCAAAUAUUUACUACACCCAGUGCCUGGUUUAAUCACUGUAAGAAACUUGUCAAUCCAGAGAGUAGUAACAGUAAACCUGGUUCAGCUUGGUCUACAAUCAGGUAUCGACGAAAGCGACUCGAUUCAUAUAAAUUAAGAUGGUAUCGAAAGCAAAGAAAGAUUGUCACCUCGGCCAACAUGUACGAUUCAGCAAUGGUUUAUUCCAAGGCAGCCUCAGACUAUUUAACCCAUUCCCAAAGUGUUUCAUCUGAUUCUUCCCCUGUCCCAUUAACUUUUUUACCUGACAAUUAUCCAAUGAAAGAGAAAAAUGUUGUUGAACAUCAUACUCUUGCCAGUAAACUUAUCCAACAGGAUACCAAUACCAUGGUUAAAUGUAUUCCAUUCAGUGCCCUGGAAAGGAUUCAGCCUUUUACCUUAACAAUUUCAACAAAUGCUCUUUUAACAAUUGAUUUCCAUUGUCAUUUAACAACCGGUGAAGUUGUCGGUUAUCUUGGCGGUUCUUGGGAUAUUACAACUCAUAAUUUGUCAAUUCUACAAGCAUUCCCUUGUAAAACUCGACUUGGUGAUAAAGAAAGAUCUCGAAAAGUUGAAGAAGAGAUUAGACAAAAUAUGGAUCAGAAAAAAUUGACCAUCGUUGGCUGGUAUCAUAGUCACCCGAAAGCAGCCCCUCAACCCACCAUACGAGACAUUGAAUCUCAAAUGGAUUAUCAGAUCGCAAUGAAAGGUGAUACUGAUGCAACUUACAUUCCCUGUAUUGGAUUAAUUUGUUCACCUUACGAUGAAGAUAAUCCAAGAUUAACCUCAAGGUAUCAAGCUUUUUGGGUUAUGCCUCCAAAUGAAUUUAAACCCCUUGAAUAUGGGCGACCCAUGCAGAUGACUUACAGUGUGACCAGAGAUUCAUUUCUAACACAAGAUUUACUAUUAGACAUGCGUUUACUUGCUCAUUAUUAUAUUGAUGGUCCAGACGCGAUUAAAUUUUCCGAUAAUUACUCAACUAAAGAGAAAACUUUUUGGCACAAACUUCAGGCCUCUUUAAAGCCAUUUUUACCCCGAGAUCUCACCACUACCGUUAAUCAAACUCCAGCUCAGACACAAGUCCAACAACAAGCACUUUCCCAUUUCUGGGCUUUUCUCAAAGGACUUUUACUCCCUUGAAGUAAUUUCCACUUCGCCACAAUUAACAAAAUCGUCCAAUUCCCAUGACAAAACAACAAUCCCCUUUUAUCUCUAACAAGAAUACAAUUGAUAUUUAUUCAUAAUUUUCAUUAAUCGACAAACUCCACACCAAACCUGAUUAAAGAGCGAUGGAUAAAACUUGAUCUCAGCAAUAAUGUCUAACCAAUUGACAAAGGGAAAUUCUUACAUUGUAAAAAACAACAACAACAAAUAGUGAACCAAAUUAAUAAAUAGUAAUAACAUUUA